UUUUCAAAGAUCGAAAACAUGCGCGUACACACAUGGAUUAACGUGUUUGGCAAGCGCUAAACACUGUUUAUUUUGUUGUUUGGUAUUAUGAACAACAAAGAUUACUUUUUGAGCUUUACGAUCUGAUCAUUGUGUUUUCAUUUUUACAAAGCUGUGCGCAAUGAUUGUUCAGUGAAAUUUUUUUGUGUGAUUGAUUUGUGUUCUGUUCUGAGCCAACAGUUUGGUUUUGCAGUAAGAGUCAAGGACUUGGUGAAUUUUUGGAUGUGUGUUUAAGGCAGUGAGAAACCGGGUAUCUGCGGAGGGAAACGUGUUUUAGCCACUGCAAAAAAAGUUCAAUUUUUUUUCAAUAUUUUGUACAUACAGUAUAUGUUUCUUACGAUGUGCAUCCUGUAUUUUGUAAAUACAGUAGUUCAACAUACAUAAGCCCGCGGUCCAGCAGGUGCAGUGUAGUACUCGUGCCCAAACAAUAGGAGGCAGUAUCAUACUUUUGGUCAGCUUUGAAGUCAUGUGACCACUGAGUCAAAGUGCAGCGUGCGUAACAAUAAUGUAAACAUACACUUUCCGCCUCUGCCAUUCAUGGAUUGAUUACGGCGAAGCCAAGACCUGCUGCUCAGCAUGGCUUCGUCCUCCUUUGCACCUCCGAAACUAGACGAGUUCAUCCUGACUGAGCGGCUAGGUAGCGGUACAUACGCCACAGUCUACAAGGCCUACAGAAAGGGGGAUAGUCGAGAGGCGGUGGCAGUGAAGGUGGUGGCCAAGAAGACACUGAACAAGGCGUCCACAGAGAAUCUGCUCACAGAGAUCGAGAUCCUCAAGACAGUCCGUCACCCUCAUAUUGUUCAGCUGAAAGACUUUGUGUGGGAUUCUGAGAACAUAUAUCUGAUCCUGGAAUGGUGUUCCGGUGGAGAUCUGUCCCAUUUCAUCCGCAGUCGUCGGAUCUUGCCGGAGGGAGUUGCCCGACGUUUUCUGCAGCAGAUAGCAUCUGCUCUCCAGUUCCUACAUGACCGAAACAUCUCCCACUUGGAUUUGAAACCACAGAACAUCUUGCUGUCUGGCUCAGUCCUUAAACUAGCAGACUUUGGCUUUGCCCAGUACAUGUCUCCAUGGGAUGAGAAGAGCGUGUUGAGAGGCUCUCCUCUGUACAUGGCCCCCGAGAUGGUGUGUCGGCGCCAGUACGACUCAAGAGUGGAUCUCUGGUCCGUGGGAGUCAUUCUUUAUGAGGCACUGUUUGGACGGGCCCCUUUUGCAUCACGGUCGUAUUCAGAAUUGGAAGAGAAGAUUCGAAGUAACCAGCCCAUUGAGCUCCCUCCUGGGGCCAGGGUCUCCAAGCAAUGCCGCGACCUCCUCCUGCGUCUCCUGGAGAGAAACCCGGAUGCCCGGAUCAGCUUUGCCGAGUUCUUCACACACCCUUUUGUGGAUAUGGAGCACAUGCCGAGUGCUGAGAGCUUGGAGAAGGCGAAAAAACUGGUACUGCAGGCCGUCCAGAAGGACCAGGAAGGAGAAAGGUCUGCCGCACUCUCUCUGUACUGCAGCGCUCUUGAGCACUUUGUCCCUGCUAUUUAUUAUGAGACUGACCGGCAGCGUAAAGAUAUCCUCAGGCAAAAGGUCCGCCAGUAUGCAUCUCGAGCAGAAGAGCUGAAAGCCUUAGUAGCCUCAGACAACAAGCUUUUCUUCGAGGAGGCAUGCACCUCCAGGGACAUCCUCCGAGAAAUGUCCCGCGAGCAACCACGCUUACUAGCAGCGCUGGAGAUGGCGUCCGAUGCAAUUGCUAAGGAGCAAAGUGGACUGGACGAUAAGGAGGCCUUGGAUGAAUACCAGAAGUGCUUAGAAGAACUCCUGUUGGCUCUCGCAGCUGAGCCGCAGGGCCGCCGUCGAGAGCUGCUUCAUGGCGAGGUUAAAAGCCUCAUGAGCAGAGCUGAGUACCUCAAGAAGAAUAUUAAAAUGCAGGAGACACAGAGGGACGCCUCGCUGGAUCGGGAGCCCUUAGCGGACUCUGUCAGAAGUUCAUGCUGCGUGCAGUAAACCUGAAGCGCCACGGCGGGAAACCAGCUGGCUUGGACCGUCAUUCCAAGCCGAAGCUUUCACCCCAAUGGCGCUCUGUGCUCCAUGCCAAAUCAAACCUGCAUCCCGACCUCACCUCACACACUUGUGGGCUCGUCUGUGCCAGAAGCGGUCAAUGUUUCGGUUGUUGCUGUUGGUGAGGUUGCAGGUAGAGAGAGCAGCGCUUGUCAGGCCGGGUAAAUGCUGCAACACAGUUGAUUUUGAGCUUACACACUGUAUAUCCAUUCAAAACAAAUGCAAUUUACAAUAUUUAACCUUUAAGACUGAAUUUACACUGUAUUGUUCAAGUGACACCAUUAGGGUUUUGUUUUUUUUUUUGCUUUUUUUUUUUUUUUACUCUGAAGUUUCACAGUUGAGAUGUGUAUUAUGGCAUUAUAAAGAGAAAAUGCAAAAAUGGGAUAUUUUAUCAGAGCUCUUCCAAAUAUGGAUUAAAAACAAAUGUCGGAUAUAUUCCCAUGCAAAUGCUGUAGCCCAACAAUGCCAGCGUGACCUCAAAAUAUACUCGUCUGUUAAAGUAACACAAAUAAACCCGUUAAAAACAUGCUGUAAAUCUAACUACAGUGAAAACAUAGACAAUUUAACAUGGAUUAAAUAUGUAUAUUAUAUAAGCAAAAUAUUUGCUGACUGCAACUAAGUGGGGAAAUGUGAAGGUUAACUUUAUUUUAAAUUAAUGAAAACAAGCGUAGGCCCAGGCCAACCAAACUAAAAAUAUUCUGUCAGUGCUUGUCUUCACGUUGUUGGAGUUAUUUAUUUCCAAAUUGGGCCUCUGCAUACAGAAAUAAUGUAAAUAGACUGGAAAAAAGCAGUUUGACCUGCAGUUUAAAAUCUGGCCUGCUAUUGUGACAUUUUCUCCCCUAGAAUUGUAAACGUGAGCUAUUUUGCUAAUUCUUUAAGCUUCUGCAAAACAAAGAACAAAUUGAAUUUGUACACUGUGCUGACAACGUAUUUUGACCACAUCACUCUGGUCAACAAGCCAAAGGGAUUGAAAUCAAAAGUAUUUGCAGAAAACUGAAAAUGUGUCCCGGUCGUACUGGUGUCUACUAAUGGAUUGACCCUUUUGGACUGUACUCUCUGGUAACACAUACAUAACAAUGGAACCUGUAAGGUCAAACAAUCCAUUCCAUGAUGUUGGACAAAAUUUUAAAAAAUUCAAUUGGAAAAUAAUCCGAAAAGAAGGAAUCCAUUACUGGGUUCAACUUGUGCCAUCUUGAGUAUUUGGACAGGCAAAAUUGUGGCUUUUACUGGCAUGCAAAUGUAAAAAGAAGUUAUUAACACUUAAAUAAAAUUGAAAACUGAGUUGUUCACA